AUGACGUGCCCAUUCGCCAAAUUCGCCAGCAUCCUGCCCAUCGCACCCACCAAAUCACCGCACAGCUUCCAUGCAGUGCACGCCCUCAACACCCCCAUCGGCUCCACCAACAAAGUAGCCCUCACGCUCUCGGACGCCCUACGCGUGGGCACCGCGCAAUCGCACCGCGCCGUCGAAAAGUCGCGCGGAGUAUCGCUGCUCCUUCAAUCCGUCUCCGCGCCCACCUCCUCCCCCACCUCGACUGCCAGCUCGAGCUCUCUCGAGCAAGAAGCGUUGAGUUUCGAUCGGCUGGAUUAUGUGCGGUUCAACGUGAUGCUCGCAUGCGUGUACAUCGCGUUGGAGGGAAGCAUGGCUGCUGCACGCGAUAAUCGGCUGCUGGCGCCGCUGUUUGCGGAUGCUGGGCUGCUGGGGCUGCUGGUGCGCAGUCGCGUGUUGCUCGACGACGUGAGUGCGCAUUUGGCCACUAUUGAAUCGCAUACGGGCGCCGGGCUGGCCGAGCUGGCCGAACAGGCGCGUGAGGAGCACUCGUUCGCAGCCGACACGGCGGCGGUGCCGGAGGAUGUUGAGGAUCCGACGUCGCGAUUGCAGCUGCUCGCACUCGUCCGAGCGUCUCUACCCUCCGCUGCACGGCUGUCGCCAGAGUGGAGGGGGGCGGAGCUGACAGAGGACCAUCUGGCCCUGCUCCACCCCGCCCAGGUCUGCGCUACACUCUCCUACGUCCGCCGCCUCACCGACCUCUCCCGCUCCCCUUCCAGCACCGGCGGGCUGCUGCUCUCCCACGCCUACACGCGCUAUCUCGGCGACCUCUCCGGAGGCCAACACAUCGUGAAAAAGGUCUCCAAGCGCUUCCCCAUCUCGACCGAGUCUGCGCAGGGGUCCGGGUUCGCGUUCUACGCCUUUGACACCUCCACGGACCUCAAAGCCCGCUUCCGCUCCGCGAUGGAACACGCAUCCCCCGCCGACUCCCACCACCCCGCUGUGGUGCAGCAGCUCGUCGGCGAGGCAAACACCGCAUUCGACCUGAACACGGCCCUGUUCGAGUCGCUCCUGCCCGCAUCGCUGCGCAUGGGACAGCAGGAGGAGCGCGAGCACCCUGACGCGCGGGCCGGGCCCGUCCAGACAGGCAAAGCCGUCGAACAAGCCGCGGCCAACACGUGGACAGCAGAGACAGUCGUCGCCCUCGCCGCCGCCGUCGUGUUCGCCGUGUCGACCACCGUGUGGAUCCGAAACAUCCUGUCCGCCAGUGCCGCUGCCGCCGGCGGACACGUACACGUUUGA